AUGGACACCCAGCCAAAUGCCAAGGCGCUGCACACGCGCAUCAACACCGAUAUCUCGCAAUUGCUCCAGCGAUUCGAGAAUAUCAUGGCCACCGCAACUGCCCAAAAUACCACCCACACAUCUACUGCUGUUGAAACAUACCAGCUAGAUGUAGAAUCUACUGCUCUCGUCCGAGCUGCGGAGGACAUACUCUCACUCACACGCACGAUGAAGGAGAUGUGGCUGUUCGGCAAACUAGAGACCAUCGGCGAAAACGAACGUGAUAUCGAGCGCCGCGAGAAACUCGAGGCGGAUAUUGCGGAUAUCCAGAAAGCUAUCGAGAACGGUACCUUGACUAAGCGCGUUUUUCCAGACGAGACGAAGCAGAGGAAGUAG